AAGAACCUACUACUCGGAUAACAAACUGACAUCAUUUUAAUAUCAAAGUGACAUAUUUAAUAACACAUUCACGUCAAAUUAACUUGCUACUUGGUAUCAAUAUAUAAUUAACUCAAUCAAUACAUUAUUGGUUUACUUUAACCUUGUUGGGGCACACAGAGUAUUUGAGAUAUGAGAAACAGAACAAAUGUUUUAUUGUAAUGAAGAAUCAAAAGAAUCGACGAUGUAUGUGAAUGGCUUACCAUAAAGACGAGCUCGUGCCAUCGACAUUCGCUCCAGGUGUGCAAAUUAUUUUUUUUAUUUACAUUUAAUACUUAGAAAAUUGAAUUAAUUUAUUUUAUUAGAUACAUUUAUCUUAUUAAAACUGUGUAAUGUUUAUGGGGAGGAACAGAUAAUGGCACACCAUCUAAUAUUACAGGAGUGUAAAAAUAAUACGCCGUUCUUCGUCGUUACGUGAAAUAUUAAAAGAAUUCACGACACGCGUAACAGUGUUUUACUUUCAAAAAAGCUUCAGUACUUUUUCGACAAAGUAUUCUAUACAGAAAGUAAAUUUAAUGUUAUCAACAAAACGCACAGAUUAGCAAGAAAGUGGUAGCAAAAAUGGUGCAGAUUUAUGUGCCAGGAUACGACAAUUCGCCGUCGAUUGAGCAGAUCUUACGUCCAAUAUCUUACAUGUCAUGGUUGAUGGGCGUGGGCGUUGCACGUCCGCGAAAAUGUUCUAAGUUUGUGACCAUAAUCAUACGUAUUCUGCACUUAGUCUUCUGUUCAUCGUUUCUAUUGUACAUUCUUCACAAAACGUAUAUUUCCGACAUAUACAGGAAUCAAUUUUCCACAGAAAUCUAUUUGGUAUACAUUAUAAACCAUACGAUAUACUUCGUAUCAGCAUAUUGUAACAUUUAUCACGGAAUCAGGCAGUACAACAAAUGGCCGGAGCUGAUGGACAAAAUAAAGAAGUUUGAUCGCAAAAUCAAAAGAGAAACAUACACGAAUGACUAUCUAGUAGAAGCAAUAGAAUUAAUAGCGAUUUUCAUGACUUUCGUGUAUUUCCUUUUGUACAUGUGUGUGAUCAUUUACUUUUUCACUGGGUAUUCAAUUGUCCAAAAACUGAUGAUUUGUCUGCAUUACUAUAUAAUAGCACGAUCAUUGAUCAACAGCUUCGUCUUCGAUAUUGUUGUUUAUGUGCUGUAUCGCAGACAUCAAACAAUAAAUAAGUUGAUCGACCAUUUGGAUGAAUUAUCUAAUGCGCCAUUGAUCGCACUCAAGAUUAGAUGCAUCAGAGAAUUGCAUAAUGAUAUAUGUGAUCUCGUUACUAUGGUGAACGAUAUGCAUAGUAUUUAUCUUCUUCUCUGUUCGGCAAACUGUUUCUUUACGCUCACGGUUUCACUAUUCCAUAUCUGUAAAUUUGAUGACAACUUAAACACUUUUAAUAUCUACGCUUUUGAUAUCUACAUGAAUUUGAUUACAUAUAACAUACAAAUUGGUCUGAUUUGCUGGAUUUGCACACUAGUGCGUCAAGAAUUCAACAAAACUAAGAUAAUUAUAUGCACAAUUGCAUUGAAAUGCAAAUUGCACAAUUGGAAUUGUGUUAUGAAAAAUUCAAUUCUCUUGCAUCAAUUUCUGGACCAAAACCGUGUCAGAAAUGAAAUCAAUGACUUUUUUAUUCAGCUGCAAAAUCGUCACGUAUCAUUUACAGCUUGCGGUUUCUUCGAAAUGAAUAAUAAUCUAUUAUGUAAUGUGAGUACUAAAUUUAUUUACGUUAUAAAAUUUAGUAAAAUUAGAUACUUUCGAAUUGCAGUGGAAAAGUGCUCUCGAAAUCAUUAAAUAAAAUAUACUUUUUUUCAGUUUAUCGGGAUAAUCGUCACAUAUUGUGCAAUUGUCCUUCAAUUUUCUCGCUGAAUAUUCUACUCAGGAUAUUUUUAUCAGAUCGUUGUAUAUCGUAAGUAUACAGAAGUUUUAGAAUUUUAACUGUCAAAAUAACAUUUGAAGUGUAGAUACUCUUUAAUUCUUAAUAUUAAUAAUUCUAAAAAUU